AUGGGCGCACCGGAGAUCACAUCCACACUCCCGAAACCACGCGAAAGCGUGGAGACUCUCAAGGUCCGUGAUGAAGAUGAACUUCGUCUGGCUCAGAUGGGCCAUAAACAAGAGCUGAAGCGACAUUUCUCCGUGUGGAGUUUAAUUGGUCUGGCGGCAACUGUACUAUCUCAUGGACGGGUUUGUCCAUCUUACAUCUUUGAACUAGCGCCAGAUGCUCAUAUAGCUUCAAAUCUAGGUCUUGGGUUGGGCUUGAUCACUGCCCUGAAUUCUGGUGGUCCUGGCGCCCUGAUCUACGGGUUCAUUCUGGUUUUCAUCCUUCAGUCAUUCGUUGGCGCCUCUCUAGCGGAAUUCGUGUCCGCGUAUCCUACAGAAGGAGGAAUGUAUCACUGGAUCGCGGCCAUCGCCCCGAGACGAUAUAAUAGUCUGUUGAGCUUUGCGACAGGGUGGUGCACGGUAUUUGGCUGGAUUUUCACCACUGCCUCGACCAACCUUAUCUACGCCUCGACAGUUAUGGCUUUGAUUGCGUUGUACCAUGAUGAUUUGGUUGUGAAGCCGUGGAUGACAUUUGUUGCAUAUCAGAUCCUCAAUAUCUUUACCUCGGCGAUCGUCAUGUUUGGGAAUCGCUUUAUCCCAGCUAUCAAUAAGUUUUCUCUGCUGUACCUCCAGUUGGCAUGGUUCAUUACUAUGGUUACGGUAGCUGCAGCUGCGCCUGCACACAACGAUAGCACAUUUGUAUUUGCGACGUGGAUGAAUAAGACCGGUUGGGAUAACAAUGUGAUGUGCUUUAUCACGGGCUUGGUAAACCCGCUAUACGCAUUGGGUGGACUGGAUGGGAUUUCGCAUAUUACUGAAGAAAUGCCAAAUCCUGGCAGAAACGCGCCUCUUGGUCUUGCAAUUACCCUCUCUAUUGCGUUCGUCACGGGAGUCUCCUACUUGCUCAGCUUGAUGUUCUCUGUUCAGAACUACGAUACAUUGGCAGACACCAGGACAGGUCUACCACUGGCUGAGAUCUUCCACCAAGCAACUUCAACAAGAGGUGGAGCCUUCGGUCUCGUGUUUAUGGUUUGGGUAGCCCUAGGACCGUGUGUGAUCGGUUCCCAGCUGAGCACGGGUCGUGUCUUUUGGGCAUUCUCUCGCGACAAUGGCCUCCCGCUAUCCCACAUCUGGGCGCGCGUUCAUCCUAAACUCGGAUCUCCGUUCAACGCCCAAUUAUGUGUCGGUGUGAUUAUCGGUUUACUAGGCUGCAUCUAUUUAGGAUCCAGUACGGCAUUCAACUCCAUGAUGAGCUCCGCAGUAACGAUCAAUAAUCUUGCAUACGUCGUUCCGAUCCUCACGAACGUAUUGCUUCGCCGGAAAACGAUGCAUCGUGGACCAUUUGCAAUGGGCCAAUUCACCGGUAUGACGGUAAAUAUCAUCUCUGUUCUGUGGCUGGUCUUUGCGAUCGUCUUCUUCUCUUUUCCUUUUGAAAUGCCUGCAACUGUUGCGAAUAUGAAUUAUACAUGCGUUGUUGUAGGUGGAUUUUUGAUUAUAGAGCUUGGAUGGUGGAUCAUUGCGGGCAAGAAGUAUUCGCAGACUGUACAGCGUGCGCGAGAGGAACAUGAUACAGCGAUGGUUGUUGAGGAUCAACAAAAGCCGUGA